UGGAGGAGGAAUGUACACAGAGGCCUCGUGGAAAGAGACCACAUCAACAAACAGUACGCAACACGCUGCUACAAAGACAGAGACGGAGGCGGUCAGAACAUACAGUCACACAACAUCAACACGAGAGAAACGAGGAAGAAGGAUCAGGAAAAUGUCAAGGCGACAGAUUUUCUGCUGAGAUCUGACUUCAUAGGAAGAGGGACCGACAAAAAAAAAAAGACACAUAUAAAGAGAGAAGAGAGGGACGGGUCACCUGAUGGUCUCUUUCCUCAACAUGGACCAACCAGCUGUGGAGAUCUUCCACUACAAAGACCAGGAGCAAUCGUCCAGCCUGCUGCUGCAGCUGAACAGACUGAGACAGGAGAACAUCCUCACUGAUGUCUCCCUGUGUUCAGAACACACAGAGAUCCCAUGUCAUCGUAAUGUCCUGGUCUCCAGCAGCCCUUACUUCAGAGCCAUGUUCUGCAACAAUUUCCUGGAAAAACAGCAGACAAAGAUUAACAUAAAAGGUGUCACAUCAAACAUACUGAGCAGUGUUAUUGACUAUGUUUACACAGGACUCAUUAGUAUCAGCAUGGAGAUUGUGCUUCCUCUGAUGCAGGCGGCGUCCAUGUUGCAAUAUGGCCGACUCUUUGAGGCCUGCUCGAGCUUCCUGCAAGAUCAGCUGAACCCUGAAAACUGUCUGAGUAUGAUAAGACUGUCUGAGAUCAUGAACUGUAACAGUCUGAGAGACAAAGCAAAAGAGAUGGCCAUGAGGAGCUUCUCUGAUGUGUCAGUGUCGGAGGAUCUGUGCGAGCUCUCCUUACCGGAGCUCAUGGGAUACCUGGAGGAUGACAGUCUUUGUGCUGAGGAGGAGCAGGUCUUUGAGACUCUUGUUGCUUGGAUCCACCAUGAUCCUUUAUCCAGGCGUGGUGCCAUCAGUGACCUUUUCAAGAAAGUUCGUCUUCGCUACAUUCAUCCCACCUACCUCUUCCAGUUCAUAGCCAACGACCCUCUGAUCCAGUCGUCCACCCUCUGCACCGAGCUCAUCGAAUCUGUCAGACGGCUCAUGUUUGCUGUCAGCACAAAAUGCAUCGGCGACACAGCAGUGGACCUCAAGCCUCUAUGGAUAACACCGAGGCGAUACUCCUGCCAUGACAUGCUGGUGGUGGUGGGAGGGAGAAAGAACAAUGAGCAGACCUCCAGGGAGGCCCUUGUCUUUGAUGAGAAUAGUGAGAAAUGGCAAUGGCUCGCCAAGCUGCCUGUUCGUCUGUAUAAAGCCUCCUAUGUCGCCCUCCACAGCGUGUUGUAUGUCAUUGGAGGACUCACCACAAACACGAAACACUGCCAAGUAAGUACAACCGUCUACACCCUCUCACUAAAGACCAACCAGUGGAGGACGGCAGAGCCUAUGUUGGAGCCUCGCUUUGCCCACCAGAGUGUCUCCUACCUCCACUUCAUAUUCAUUCUGGGUGGCCUCGGCCCUGACAAACGACUGACAGCCAGCGUAGAGAGGUUUAACAGCAUGUUCAACCAGUGGGAGACCAUGGCACCCAUGCCAGAGGCAGUGCUGCACCCUGCAGUGGCUGCAACAAAUCAGAGGAUCUAUGUGUUUGGAGGAGAGGAUGCAAUGCAGAACCCGGUCAGAAUGAUACAGGUAUAUCACAUUGCCAGGAACAUGUGGUCCAAAAUGGAGAACAGAACAGUGAAGAAUGUGUCCGCUCCUGCUGCUGUCUUGGAUGAAAAAAUCUACAUCAUUGGAGGAUACACGAGGAGAAUGAUCGCAUACGACACCAAGGCCAACCGGUUCAUCAAGUGUGCCAACCUGAAAGAGAGGAGGAUGCAUCACUCAGCCGCCGUCCUCAACAACAAACUCUACGUCACAGGUGGACGCCACAUCAACAGCCAUGACGUCAUCGAGGACUCAGAUAGUUUUGAGAGCUAUGACCCGAAGACGGACACUUGGACGUCAAAGGGGACUCUGCCGUAUAAACUGUUUGACCACGGCUCUCUGACUCUCACUCACGUGUCACAGACAUGGGCAAAAUCAUAGCUACUAUCUUUUUCAUGUCUGGAUGUUAGUACUUAUUAAUUUAUCUCAGACAGAAAAGUCUCCAUCAAAAUGGACUCAAAGACAAUCAAAAAUGCAUUUAGAUAUCAAAUAUUCAUAGAAAUAAGGGUUUUGAUACUUUAAAUGCCUUAUAUAUGCCAUGUAUUUUCUGUUUUUCAUGGACAACACCUAUAAAAACAAAGUAUCCAGCUGCACCACCACUUCUGAACCUGUUUGACUUCACAAAAGCUGAAGCUGCUAUUUUGAGCCCGCUCUAAAUCAUGAGAUUUCACUUGUCACGAUGAGAUCCCGAGGCUGUAUGCCAGGUCUCAGCUGUUGGUCUGACUCUGCUGUUGUGUUUGUUGAACCUGUUUAUUGUGUCAGUGUUUGUGACGGUAUCAUUGUUACCAUUUUUAUUUGCAGUGGUGAUAUCAAUGUGAAAAUAUGGGUAUUUACUGGCUUUUAAGCAAACAAACACUUUAGACUGCAUUUUGACAUAAUGCAACAAUGCUGUUUUGAGAUUUUGCACAAUUUUUCUAUACUUUUGACAUAUUCCUCUUUGAUAAAAUGCAAUUUAUAUAUAUAUAUAUAUAUAUAUAUAUAUAUAUAUAUAUAUACAUACAGUGCU